UCCUGAUGUCUGACUCUGAAGAAUCUCACCUAUCUCCACGUGCAAAUGUAGACUGUCAGCCUGCACGAGGUUCUUCAGGAGGGCCGGGGCCAAUUAGAAAUGCUGACUUAUCAAAUGUUGAAGCCCACCAAUUGUUCGCUUACAAACUGGAUUCAGCCUUAGCAGAAAAUAAGAAGACCAUAUUACAAGAAUUGGAUUCCAGGACAGCUUCGACUUUACCAGAUAAGAAUCUUGACUUUAAGUUGGCACAUCAUAAAGAGAGAUUUUUGUUUCUAUCAGAAUUGCAAUCUAAUUUCGAAAGUAUUCAUAAAUUUGUUGAACGUGGUGAAUUUUCUGGUAUAGAAAAGUUGAUUACAGAUUCUGUAAGCAAAAUUAAAGAACAGAAAAAGGUCAUACGCAUUGCUGACAAAUAUGGUUGGGACGUGGCUAGAGAAUAUAAGGAUGAUCCGAUUACUGACAAUUCGGAAGAUAAUCAACGUUUGCGUCAGGCUGAGCAGAGGGCAAAGCGUAAAAGGUUUGAUAACAGCAACUACAAUAACUACAAUAAUCCUUUUCGCAGCUAUCGCAGCAAAUUUCAACCUUCUAGAUUCUCUCCCUACCAAAGGAAUUUCAACUCUAUCGGAGCACAACCUUCCCUUUUCAAAGUCCAGCCAGAUCAGUGCCUAUACUGCAACGCAUUCGGUCACUGGAGUGUUAACUGCCCCCUUAAACGAAGGACACAGGGAAUCUCAAAACCUACAGCCACACAAACAACUCCAAGCGCCACGUCAGACAGACUGUAAUAUGGUAUGCAAUUUUUUGUGUCCUGAUAAUACCAAAGAUAUUAUUGUUAAAGGCAAUUUAGCUAAUAACAUUGGUUUUUGGAAAAAUUGUUUAAGUGCUGACAAAUUUAUUGUGGAUAUUUUAACUUACGGUUAUUCUAUUCCUUUUGAAU